AUGAGGGUUCUUCACGGAUAUGGGCAGCCGGGCCCUGGAGCUCUCAUACUGAUACUGCCGCAGCUGGGCCUGCAAGUCCGUGCCGGCCCUGUCGGCCCCGAGGGCAUGGAACUGGUAACCACGGCAGAGCGCCGUGCUGAGACCGAAGGAGCCGACUGCUCUCCCGAAGGACAGUGGAACUGCAUGCCCCGGACCUGGCAGCGGUGUGCGGAUGGGAAAUGGUCCCAGGUCAUGAAUCUCUCAGACGGGACCAUCUGCACGCCCGCUGGGUUAACCGAGGAGAUCACCAUCGAGCACGAUGGCUCGGUGAACGGCACUGAUGGAGGUAGCAGCCGUAGGACCAGCGACGCCACGCGCAACUCCGUCAGCAGGCUUCUGGUACUAUGGGUAUUAGCGAUGCUGAUCCAGUGGGGAUGGAGCUGA